ACAUAGGUCACCUCGUAUUUUCCAUUACGACUCACGACGAGGUUCUAGUUCGAGAUUAAAUAUCGCGGACAACCCUUCCCUUUAACUGGCUUCUGUUUCUUCAGGUGUUGUAGGGUCAGUUGUCAACAUCCUAUCACGGAAGCCAGAAUCAGGAGCGGUCCACGGCCUGACGUCAGCAUACAACAACACAUGCAUAUGUAAAACUUACCUACUACACCUGCAUCGAUCAUUCAAACUGUUUCAUCAAUGGCCUCAACUGUCACGAUGCAAAUGAAAGACGAAUCAUCCACCCAGACCCAGUCGACGGGCAUGAGCAGCAUGUCCAUGGUCUUCUUCAGCUCACAGUCAACACCGCUCUUCUCGCGGGCUUGGACGCCAUCUAGCCCUGAAGCAUACGCCGGGACUUGUAUCUUCAUUUUCCUCCUCACUAUAGCUCAGUAUCUCCUGAUCGCUGUCCGAAACGUCGUCUUUGAGAAGGUUGAAAGGCAGAAGACCGCCACCCCUGCGGAAACCUUGCGGGACCACGAAGCCAGGCCGGCCGCCCCUGCUAGGGACGACGAGAAAAGUUCAUGUCUGGGCCAUCAUGAGACUGUUACGGGCAGCCUUCUAUCGGCUGCAGCUUCUGUAGCAAAACAGCAGCAGCGCAGAUCUCGACCGAUGAUCGUCAUGGCACGCGCUGCUUGUGAAGUUGUCAUUAGCGCGGCAGGUUACUUGGUCAUGUUGGCAGCUAUGACCAUGAAUGUUGGAUACUUCUUCUCGGUCAUUGUUGGUGUUUUUUUCGGGUCGUUGCUUUUUGGCAGGUUUGGGGUCAACGACAUCAGUUCUUGUCACCAUUGAAGCAAUUUGAGGUUUGUUGGGUGCUUCCGUUCGGGAUCGUGGUCAUGGGUACUCUGCUCUGCCACUUAGUAUGCACAUAUGCUCUCUCGCGACUUUUCUUUUUUUUUUUUUUUUUUUUUUUUUUUUUUUUUUGCAGAUAAUCCAAUAAUCACGG